AUGACACGAGUCGCUUUCUCCGUUGGUUUCAGUCUUCUCGCUCGCCCCAAGCGACGAUGUGCUCCACCAGACCCAUCCACUGCACCUCGAGUCAUCCGUCGCCAUGCGAAAUUCGCUGUCCCACAUCGUAUUCUUAGUGGUCGCGCUCGCCGAAGACGCCAGAUUAGAACCCAAAAUGCAAGCAGCAUCCCCAAGCUGAGACUGUGGAACCUUCCGACCGACCUGCAACUCGAGAUCAUGGACCAUCUCGACAAGCCGUCCCGAAUUGUCCUAGGCCUUACCAGCAAACACUUCGCCGACAUCACUAGCCUUUCCAAGACUGAUCUCACUGAUCGUCCAUCUCUGGUGGAGUGGCGCACCCCAGGGCCAAACAGCGAGCGGCGAUACACUCCGCACAUUUCGGAUCGACGAAUCCUAAUGUUGCAACUCGAGACGUACUUCCCUCGAAAUCGCCGUCUCUGCUGGAUCUGUCUCAAGUACACGCCGAUCAAAAAAUCCAAAUGGCAUGCUACCUCUCGAGUUAAUACAGUCGACGGCAACCACAUCGACCUCCCCUUCUUAAGGGAGAGGCCGGUAAGAAGAGUUUGGGCGCACGAGCGCUGCAUGAAUUUAAAGGGGUGGACACACGGCCACAACGUGGGCGCAUGGGCGGUGAGGACCGCCGGCGUGGCAGGCGGCCGCGACACCUAUUACGCAGUGAACAGCCGCCUCCCGCCAGCUAGUCAGGAGGUAUACAAGCACUAG